AGAAGCACAGUGAAGCACACGGCUGCUCCCGGUCAAGCACGGUCAAGGUGUUUGUGUGUGUUGGGAUUAAUGUAUAUACAUAUACGAUUUCCUUCCGAAAAGCAGACUUCAGGCUGCUAGUGUCAUUGACACUUUGCGUUUUUCGUUGUAGAUGUUAUGUAUAUUUAUUGUUAUUGAAUUAGUAGAAAUGACACGAAUUACGUUUUUGCAUCCGGACCUUGGAAUUGGAGGAGCUGAACGAUUGGUAGUUGAUGCUGCGUUAGCUUUAAAAAAAGGGGGUUAUGAUGUCAAUUUCGUGACAACUCAUCACGAUCCAGAGCAUUGUUUCUCUGAGACUAAAGAUGGGACAAUUCCUGUUACAGUUGUGGGAAGCUGGAUACCCAGGCAUAUUUUGGGUAGAUUUUUUGCACUUUUCGCUUACAUCCGGAUGAUAUAUGCUGCAAUUUAUAUAAUUUUAUGUGAACAUCAACCAAAAAUUGUAUUUUGUGAUUUAGUCUCUGCGUGCAUUCCUAUUCUUCGUUUAAGAAUUCAAUAUAUAAUGUAUUAUUGUCAUUAUCCAGACCAGUUACUUUCACAACCGGAAGGCAUUAUUAAACAAUUAUAUCGUGUACCACUCAACUACUUGGAAGAAAUUACAACAGGGAUGGCACAUAAAAUAUUUGUGAAUAGUUCAUAUACAUGUGAAGUAUUUAAAGAUACUUUUAAAAGAUUACAAGUUGAACCUGAAGUCUUAUAUCCUUCCAUUAACACAGAAUUUUUUGACAGAACUAGAAUUUUGUCUUUAGAAAGAGUAUUAGAUAAGAAAUUACCAGCAGACAGUGUUAUAUUAUUAUCAAUUAACAGAUACGAGCGCAAAAAGAAUUUAGGAAUUGCUAUGCAAGCAUUGGCAGAACUAAAAAAUUACUUAUCUGAUGAAGAAUAUAAAAAAGUAUAUUUAAUUAUGGCUGGUGGAUAUGACAAAAGAGUUGAAGAAAAUGUAGAAUAUUAUUUAGAGUUAAUAGGUUUUGCUGAUGAAUUGCAUAUUAGUGAUAAAGUAAUAUUUCUUCGUUCACCCUCGGAUAUUGAUAAAGUAUCUAUUUUAAAUCAUUGCACGAUUUUAAUAUACACACCACCAAAUGAACAUUUUGGUAUUGUUCCUCUUGAAGCAAUGUAUACAAAUAAACCAGUAAUUGCUCAUAAUUCUGGAGGCCCAAAAGAAUCUGUUGUUUCUGGAGUAACUGGAUAUUUAGUUGAUUUAUCUGGCGAUGCAUUUGCAACUAAAAUAGCUGAUUUAAUUAAAAAUCCAAGUGAUAUACAAAAAUUUGGUAAUGCGGGUAAAGAUAGAUUUAGGCAAACCUUUAGUUUCACUGCAAUUUUUAAUAUUAAGAAAAUUAUAUGUUCCUUCUUUCUUCUUUAUUCAUUUAUUUAUUUUGGAGAUAGAAAUUAUUUUAUAUAUAAUUGUUUAUAUUUAUCAUACACAAAAUCUCAACAUAUCUAAGUUAAGCUAUGUUAAACUAGUGUAUUAAGUAGUAUUGAAAUGAAGUAUAUCUGAUCAUGUUUCUAAUAUA